AUGGCCAAUCCUGCCUUUUCUCUCGUCCCCGGUACUUUCUUUCCAGCCCUUUUCGACUUUGCCUCUUCCAUUGAUUCUCCACCGAUCCAGGCCAUCCUCGACGCCCUAUGUUGCACGAUACCAGUCGUCGUCUUCGCGUUGUUCGUGUACGCAGUUUGCUACGUAUGUCUCUAUGAUGUUGUCGACGACUCCGGGCCUCAAUUUGAUGACCUGGAGGCCGGAAGGUUGCCGCUCCUCGGGAGGCGCCAUGGGGGACCGGCGCGACCCUGCCGCGAUCCUCCGCCGAAGAGCGAAGCGCUGAUGAGGGUCGAUGUGUACAGGAGCGACGGAGGUGAAAACAAGCGCACCGACUGCGGGGUUUGCCUAGAGGAUUUUCGGGACGGAGAUGCGUGCCUGUGGCUGACAUGCUGCGGACACGCUUACCAUAGGGCUUGUGUGAAUCUCUGGCUCUUGGACCAUAGGCGAUGCCCGAUUUGCCAUGCGACGGUUCGGGUGGCACCGGCGAUCCGACCCGAUUCGCGACUUGAGUAG